CGGCGCGGCAGUGCGCGGCCUGUAAAGCAGUCGCGAAGCCUGCUGCAGAGAGAAGAUGGCGGUCGCGGUGAGAACUUUGCAGGAGCAGCUAGAAAAGGCCAAAGAGAGCCUCAAGAACGUGGACGAGAAUAUCCGCAAGCUCACCGGCCGGGACCCAAACGAUGUGAGGCCCAUCCAAGCCAGAUUGCUGGCCCUUUCUGGUCCUGGUGGAGGUAGAGGACGCGGUAGCUUAUUGCUAAGGCGUGGAUUCUCAGAUAGUGGAGGAGGACCCCCAGCCAAACAGAGAGACCUGGAAGGGGCAGUCAGUAGGCUGGGUGGGGAGCGGCGAACAAGAAGAGAAUCACGCCAGGAGAGCGACCCAGAAGAUGAUGAUGUUAAAAAGCCAGCACUGCAGUCUUCCGUUGUAGCUACCUCCAAAGAGCGCACACGUAGAGACCUUAUCCAGGACCAAAACAUGGAUGAAAAGGGAAAGCAAAGGAACCGACGAAUAUUUGGCUUGUUGAUGGGCACUCUUCAAAAAUUUAAACAAGAAUCUACCGUUGCGACUGAAAGGCAAAAGAGACGCCAAGAAAUUGAACAAAAACUUGAAGUUCAGGCUGAAGAAGAGAGAAAACAAGUGGAAAAUGAGAGGCGAGAACUAUUUGAGGAGAGACGUGCCAAACAGACAGAACUGAGGCUUCUGGAGCAGAAGGUUGAGCUUGCGCAGCUGCAAGAAGAAUGGAAUGAGCAUAAUGCCAAGAUAAUUAAGUACAUAAGAACUAAGACAAAGCCCCAUUUGUUCUAUAUUCCUGGAAGAAUGUGUCCAGCUACCCAAAAACUAAUAGAAGAGUCACAGAGAAAAAUGAAUGCUUUAUUUGAAGGUAGACGCAUCGAAUUUGCAGAACAAAUAAAUAAAAUGGAGGCUAGGCCUAGAAGACAAUCAAUGAAGGAAAAAGAGCAUCAGGUGGUGCGUAAUGAAGAACAGAAGGCGGAACAAGAAGAGGGUAAGGUGGCUCAGCGAGAGGAAGAGUUGGAGGAGACAGGUAAUCAGCACAAUGAUGUAGAAAUGGAGGAGGCAGGAGAGGACGAGGAGAAGGAAGCAGGUGCAGUUCAUAGUGAUGCAGAGAAAGAACAGGAGGAGGAGGAGCAAAAGCAGGAAAUGGAGGCUAAGAUGGAGGAGGAGACUGAGGUAAGAGAAGGUGAGAAGCAGCAGGAUAGUCAGCCAGAAGAAGGUAUGGAUGUGUUAGAGAUGGUUGAAAGUGUCAAAAAUGUAAUUGCUGAGCAGGAAGUGAUGGGAAGUAAUCAAGUCGAAAGUAUAGAGCCUUCAGAAAAUGAAACUAGCAAAGAAUUGGAGCCAGAGAUGGAAUUUGAUGUUGAGCCAGAUAAAGAAUGUAAAUCUCUUUCUCCUGGAAAAGAGAAUAUUAAUUCUGUGGAAGUGGAAAAGGAGUCUGAGGAAAAAGAAGAUAAAGAGCCUGAGCCCCAACCUGAGCCCAUGGCUCAGCCUCAGCCCCCGCCUCAGCCCUUUCCCCAGAGCCAGCCCCAUUCUCAGCCCCAACCCGCACUCCAGUCCCAGCCUCUCUCUCAGCCUGAGACUUUGCCAUUAACAGUUUUGCAGCCUCCGCUUCAGGUGCUUCAGGAGCAAGGGAAUCUCCUACCUGAGCGGAAGGAUUUUCCUAUAGAGUCUAUAAAACUCCCUGAGGUGCCUCUAGAGCCAGUCUUGACAGUACAUUCAGAAAACAAAAAUAAAAACAAAACUAGGAGCAGGAGCAGAGGUCGGGCACGAAAUAAGACAAGCAAGAGUAGAAGCCGGAGCAGCAGCAGCAGCAGCUCCAGCAGCAGCUCCACCAGUAGCAGCAGUGGCAGCAGUUCCAGCAGUGGCAGUAGCAGUAGUCGAAGCAGCUCGAGCAGCAGCUCCAGCACCAGUGGGAGCAGCAGCAGAGACAGCAGCAGCAGCACUAGCAGUAGCAGUGAGAGUAGAAGUCGUAGUAGGGGCCGAGGACAUAACCGGGAUAGGAAGCACAGGAGGAGCAUGGACCGGAAGCGAAGGGACAUUUCAGGACUAGAGAGAAGUCACAAGUCUUCCAAAGGAGGUGGUAGAGAUACGAAAGGGUCAAAGGACAAGAAUUCCCGAUCUGACAGAAAAAGGUCUAUCUCAGAGAGUAGUCGAUCAGGCAAAAGAUCUUCAAGAAGUGAAAGAGACCGAAAAUCAGACAGGAAAGACAAAAGGCGUUAACGGAAGAAGCCAGGCUUUCUUAGCCUAUUUGCAGCAGAAGAUUUGAUGAGUGAAAAGGAUUACCUUGUAAGGAGGAUGCUGCCUUAAGAAUUGCAUGUUGUAAAAAUUCUUUUUGGAAAAUACAGACUGUUUGUUUACCAGACAUUCUUGUACUUUUUGCAUAAUUUUGUAAGAGUUAUUUAUCAAAAUUAUGUGAGGUUCUAAAAUAUGUAAAAAUAAUAAUAAUAAAAAAGAUUACCAUCCCUUGUCAUCUUUUUUAAAUGCCCCAUUACUCCUCAGUCAGAAUCUGUAUAUUUUAAUAGGUAAAUCUUUAACUCGUUCCUUUAUGUUCUGUACCAUACAUUGCUUUUGUAGAAAUAAAUGUGCAUCUUCCAUUA